GCUACUUACUUGACUAUCCGCUCAGGCGUCGCUGUUCUGUUCCCGUAGCCUCGACGAAUGCCUCAAAAAGCUAGAAAAAAAAAUUCGCACUGAAGCACUUUAGCUAAGCUAGCUAGCGCGCUAGCCUUUCUUCAUAUGUGAUUCCUGAGAAGAGAGGAGUAUCAGGACAGGAGCAGUAGUUCAUGGAAGACAAGAAAAGGAAAAAGGACGAAAAAAGAAAAAGGGAAGCCUCUCAGAAGGUUACAGAGCAAAAAAACAAAGUGCCAGAUUUGACCAAGCCGGCUUCUGCCCAGUCCUCUGCCACUCAGAGCAGCUCUGCCUCCCCCAGCCCUGGACCCACCCCUUCUGCGUCCCCAUCCCCAGCCACAUCAGGCCCUGGCAGUGCUGCCACCCCGUCGCAGGGCGGCAACAAUGCCAAGCGCCUGGCAGUGGCCAACGGACAGCCCACCUCCACUACCAGUUCUUCCUCCACCUCUGGCGGCCCCAGUGCUGCUGGAAACGGCAGUACAAAUAGCGGAGGCGGAACUCAGGCGCCUCAGCAGCCACCACGCUACAUGCCGAGAGAAGUGCCGCCGCGAUUCCGCUGCCAGCAGGACCAUAAAGUGCUACUGAAGAGAGGUCAGCCGCCACUGUCCUCUAUGCUGCUGGGAGGGGGGGCAGGAGGGGAUGGCCCCAAUGCAAACAUGGCUGCUGUCUCAGAUUCUGGCACAGCUGCCUCCUCAGUGGCCCUCACCUCAUCAUCAGUUGCUGCUUCUACUACUACUUCUAAUUAUGCAAAUUCCAUGUGGGGGGCAAGCUCAGGCAGCCAGGCCUCCUCUCAGGGCAGGGAGAAAGUGAUUGUUGAUGGCAACGACCUAGAGGAGUGGCCUAGCAUCGCUGGCAGUGAUGGGGGAGGAGCUUCUUUCACUGGGACUGGAGGCGGCAGCGGCAACAACGGAAUGCCUGUGAAUAGCAUCAGUGCCUCUGGCAACCAAUCCUCACCCACUUCCUCGUUCUCUUUGCCCAAUGAAUGUAUGCAGUCGUCCAACAGUGUGGCGUGGGGGACGGCUGCCUCCCAGGGUCAUCUUGGAGGAGGUAAUGCAGUAGCUGCAGCUGGGCCUCUGCUACAACAGCCCUCCUCACUUUCCAAAGCCCCCGCUGUGCCAGGGAGCCAUGAUGCCAGUGGCCCCAUCGAUGGCAGCAGUGGGAUUCCAGGUGCCAACUUUAGUCCAAAUGCCAACCCUUCGGCCUGGCCUGCCCUGGUGCAGCAGGAUGGCCCCGCUGCUGGGGAAGGAAGUCUGUCUUCCUUCCAUCACCAGGGCCCUGGAGGGUCUGCCAACAACUCUGCUUCCCUGGGGCUGGGAGGUGGGGCAGUCGGGGUGCUGGGGGGUCACCCAUCUUUAUCUGUGAAUCAAUCAAGCGCCCAUCAGCACCAACUUCACCAAAUGCAAUCCAGAGACAGAGAAAUGGGAGGGGGGAAGUGGGACAGUGAAUCAGCGGGACCAAAAAUUGCAGGGGGGGAAGGAAUUGGGGGAGCAAUGGACCAUGGUGUGGGAGGAGGCGGAAUGAGUGUGAGAGACCACAGCCUUGCCUCCUCAUGGAGAGGCCAGCCUUCUUACCCUGCAGCUAACUCCAAAACGGGUGCCUCAAGGACUGAUGGAUGGGAGGGUGGAGACGGUGGCAAAGGAGGAUUUGGAGCUUCAGAUGGGGAUAAUGGGACCUCGGGUUGGGGAUAUCCGAGUUCCACAAGUGGGGUUAAUGCUUGGGGCAGUUCUGGAAAUGGGGGAAAUGGUGGUCAAACCUCCGGGGUAUCUCAGGGAGGGUGGGGGUCAUCAGCAGUAGGAGAGAGAGGGGUUUCUGGUGGUGAUUGGGGUGGGAGUUCUGCUGGUAUUGGCGGAGCUAAUCCAGGACGUGAUGGAAUGGGUGGAGCAUGCAGCAGUAACAGCAGCAGUAGUGGAGGCAGCAUAGCAGGCAACCCACCUCCUGCUGCUUCUUCUUCCUCAACAGCCACCACUACGACCAGAACCUGGGACAAUCAGAAAGGAGAGGGUGAAACUGGGGAAUGGUGCGCGGGAUUAGGAGAUCAGGGAGCACAUGGAGGAUCUUCAUCCAGUGGUGGAAAUUCCAGAAGUGGGAGUGGGCCUAACAGCAGUCGUCCUCGCCGGCCAGCUCCUAAUGCUGAAGCUGCCUUACAGAACCUCCUGACUCGGUCUGAUUUGGACCCUCGGGUCUUGUCUAACACAGGCUGGGGUCAAACACAGAUUAGACAAAACACAGCCUGGGAUGUUGAAGAGAAUGCAGCACAGAGUAAAGUUGCAUCUGUAUCAGCUACAUCAAAACACCCAUCUUCUCUUGGUGGUCCUUCUCAGUAUUCAAGUGGACCUAGGACCCUAAGCACUGAUUCUAUGGGUCCAGGGGUCGGCCCUUCCCUGGUCCCAUCUACCGGGUCUUCUGGAGAGGGUUGGGAGAGCAGCAGUAACAGUAGCAGUAGUGGGGCCUCUUUGUCUGGUAGAGCCCCACCCCCUACAGGCCCCAACAUGAGGAAUCUUGGCGUCUCACAAUCUGGGCCAGUGACCACAACUGGACCUGGUAUGGGGUCAGGGGUAAUACCAGGACCUAGCCAGCAGGGGAAGUCUACGGGCUGGGGUGGAGGAGGGAUGGGUGCUGGGGAUGGCCAGGAGGCCAAGGGUUGGGGCAAUGAGGAAUGGAGAGGCGGCAGCAGGGGAGGAAGUGGAGGUGGAUGGGGUGAUCCUGGGCAACAAGGCGAUCAAGUGAGUGGAGGCUGGGGUGGAGGUCAGGAAGAGAAAGGGACCGGGGGCUGGAAAGAAAUGGCUGGAAAUGCAGGAGGAAGUGGGUGGGGAUCAGAACAGAAAGUUGGGGCAGGUAAGGAUUGGGGUGAGCAGGAAUCCAAAUCAAAUAGUAGUGGUGGUGGAGGGGGAUGGGGGGAUGAGAGGAAGAAUGGAGGUGGGCACUCAGGUGUGGAUUCAAGUGUGGGUGGUUGGGGCAACUGGGAUGACAGUGCUCCAAGGAGGACCUGGGGUGCAGGGGGCACCGGAGGAGGAGGAGGCAGCGGAGGAGGAGGGAUUGGUGGUGUUGGAGGCAUGGGAUCCAAACCCCAUCAAAGUUGGACUGGAGGAAACAAAAUGCACCAGAUGCCAAACAGCCAGACGGGCUCCAUCACAGGCCCACAGGCACAACUGCAGCAGCAACAAUCACAGCCCCGCAAUCAGCAUCCACAGCUGCAGCAAGCAUUGGACCAAGGGGCUAUGCAAGGGGGCGGUGGGAGGAAACUCAUCUCUCAAGCCCAGAAUCAGAACCAAAGCUCAGGCUGGACAUCAGGGCCCAUUCCUGGUGUGUCUGGAGGAGGUGGAAGUGGAUCUGAACCGAGUGGCUGGGAGGAACCCUCGCCGCAGUCCAUAAGCAGGAAGAAUGAAAUAGAUGAUGGAACAUCAGCAUGGGGAGACCCAACCCAUUACAACUACAAGCCGGUCAACCUGUGGGAUAAGAACAGUGGUCCUGCCGGCCAGCAGCCACAUGGCCAGGGUCAGGUCCCACAACAACAGCAGCAGCAGCAGCAACAACAGCAGGUACCACAAGUACCACAAGUACAGCAGCAGCAGCCUAGCAGGCAAGCUGCAGGGCUUGGAGGUAACAGAGACUUCAAUGCUGGCCACGGACCAGCCAAAGCUUCAGCUAUGGGUCCUUCAGGUUGGGGUGGCACUUCUCCAACUAGUCCUACAGUAGACAAUGGCACAGCAGCUUGGGGAAAGCCCACUGAAACCCCUACUGGCUGGGGAGACCCUGAUGAGGCUGGAGGGAAGACGACAUGUUGGGGAAGCGCCUCUUCAAACCCCAUCAAAUCUGGUCCAAAGUCUAUGCAAGAUGGCUGGGGGGACAAAGAAGGCUCUGUUGCAGCCUCUCGUCACUCGAGCUGGGAGGAUGAUGAGGAUGGUGGCGGUAUGUGGAACAGCGCCGGCUCCCAGGGAAGUGGCUCGUCUUGGGGACAAGGGAGCAACGGAGGCUGGGGACAGAGCCAUGGUGGGAAGAAGCCCAGCAACAAGGGUCCACUGAAGGCAGGUGGGGGAGACUCAUGGAUGGGGCCCAUCAACAAACAGUUCUCCAAUAUGGGGCUGCUGAGCGAUGAUCCCAGUGGCCCCAACAUUGACCUGGCUCCAGGUUCCCUCCAGGAGAAGAAGAUGGAGGCAGAGAAAAGAGGAAUGGGAAUGAGUGAUUACAAUGGAGACAUGAGGAAGGGGGGAAGAGGAGGAGGAGGCGGGGGGAUGGGUUAUCGUCCCGCUAGUUCCAAAGAGGCGCCGCCUGGGGAUGCCGGAUCCUACUAUGACAAGACCUUGCCUAUGAUCAAUCAGGAUGGGUGCCUUGGGGAGGAGGGUCCUUGCUCUCUGUACUCACCACCCACUGUCUACAAGCCCCAUUCCCUCUUCAACCACUCUAUCCCCUUUAGACAAGGGGGUCACAGUAUCUUUGGCAGUAGCGGAGGAAUGCCCCAGUCAAGACAUCAGCCAAGUAUCCCACCAAUAAACCAGUCCCCAGGGAUACGAGCGCAAGUGCCUCAUCAGUUCCUGUCGCCUCAGGUGCCAGGCUCAGUGUUGAAGCAGAUGCCCCCUCCCAGCGGGAGCGUGGGGGGUGUUGGCAGCGUGGGAGGAGUGGCAGGAGUCGGGGGAGGUGUGUUCCCUCCGCAGCUGUCCCCCCAGCAUAUUGCCAUGCUCAGCAUCUAUCCACCCCACAUCCAGUUUCAGCUGACUUGUCACUUCCUCCUCCAGCAGCAGCAGCAGCAGCAGCAGCAGCAGCAGCAGCAGUCGCAGCAGCAGCAGCAGCAGCAGCCGCAGCAGCUCCUGCAGAACCAGAGGAAGUUCAACUCAAACGUGCGGCAGCAGGGUGACCCUCAACAGCUGGCCAGGAUCAUGGCAAUGCUCCAGCAGAGGCAGCAACCACCGGUCGGGGGUUUAGGUGGCAGCUCCAAACUCUCCCCCUCCCACCACGGUGGUGGUGGAGGAGGGGGUCACAAACUGCCUGGGGCUGACCCCCUGUCCCACCCGGGCCUGGUUGGAUCUGUGGCUGACAUGCACCAGAAAACUCUUGGGCCGUACUCCGGGUUUGGUUCUGGUGUGAACCUCCCAGGUCUGGACCUCGGCGGCUCUGUGGUGGGAGGGCCUGGACCCAUGAAGGACCUAGGUGGCCAGCAGUCCCGUUUCAAAUGGAUGAUGGAGGGACACUGUUCUCCAGACACCUCCUCACCCGAGAGUGUGUUUCACAAAAAUGGUCCCGUCACCCCCAUAAAGAUGCCCGGGGGCUCGCCCUUCUCCCAGUAUGACAUGAUGGUUGGAGACGGGCUGAGUGACAACUGGCAUCGCACCCCUGGCAACAAGAUGGGCUCCAAGCCUGCCACCACGCCCAGCUGGCCCCCUGAGUUCCAGCCCGGUGUGCCAUGGAAGGGAAUCGACCGUGUUGAUCCUGAGUCAGACCCCUACAUGACACCAGGGAGCAUGAUGGGAAACGCAGUGUCCACCAGUCUCAAUGAUACAGAGCACCAGUUGUUACAAGACCAUACUGAUUCCACCCCUCCCCUCAACACCUUGCUGCCUUCACCUGGUGCCUGGCCCUACAGUGCCUCAGACAGUCCCCUCAACAACGCACACAACCCAGGAAAGUACACAGAAUACAAGACCAGCUGGCCCCCAGAGCCCAUUGGACACAAGUCUUGGAAAGCCAGCCGUGGCAGCAGCCAGUCCCAGUUAUCCCGCCCUCCUCCGGGCCUAGCCAGUCAAAAGCAGCAGUCGCCUUCCCCCUGGUCAGGAGGAGCCCCUCGUUUGGCCGGCCGGGGCUGGGGCAGUGGCUCAAGCACCACUGGUUCAACCUGGAGUGACGGCAACUCUCGGGAAAGCUGCUGGUUGGUGCUCAGCAACCUCACACCACAGAUUGAUGGCUCCACUCUGAGGACCAUCUGCAUGCAGCACGGUCCCUUGUUGACCUUUCACCUUGGCCUGACCCAGGGCACUGCUCUGAUUCGCUACGGCUCUAAACAGGAGGCAGCCAAGGCCCAGAGUGCACUCCACAUGUGUGUUCUGGGUAACACCACCAUCUUGGCAGAGUUUGUGAGCGAGGAGGAUGUGGCUCGCUACAUUGCACAUUCCCAGGCAGGAGGAGCGGGGAGCGGAGGAGCCGCCGCCGGCUCCGGAGGAUCCGGGCCUGCGGCAGCCUCCGCCGUGGGGGCUAACAGUAACGGCGGGAGCUGCGAGAGAGCAGGAGGCAACAGCGGGGGAGGAGGAGUAGAAGGAGCCUCCACGGCUGCGGGAGCAGGAAGUGGAGGAGCCGGGUCUUCCAGCUCCGGGUGGCAAAGUCUGGACAGCACAGGCAGCUCAUCAGACCAGUCUGCCACCCAAGGGGCUGGACUGGGCAUCUUUGCACAGUGGAGCAACAAUGCAACAGGGAUGGGCGGGGCCGGAGGCGUGGAGACUGGAAGGCAGGGUCUGUGGGGUGGGAUGGGCGGGAUGGGAGGGAUGAGCGGGGCGGGGUACCCCAGCAGUAGCCUCUGGGGUUCUCCGGCACUUGAGGAUCGUCACCAGAUGGGCAGCCCCGCCUCACUGCUGCCAGGGGACCUGCUGGGCGGGGGGGCCGACUCCAUCUGAGAGGCCGCGCGACACACACAUUUUACACCUAAGUCAUAAUACAUAAUGUCACACUCUGCAUUUAUUUACAAGUAGAGAUGACGUGAAACAAAGCUACACUGGUCAUCCAACACAGAGACACUCAUUAUUUUCACACAUGUACCGCUUAACUUUAAAUGAAGACAACAGUAAAACUUGAACCGGGGGAAAAAGGUGAAAUCCAUUCAACUCUAUAGGACUUAACUGGACAGCCCUUUGUCUUUGUCCCACCAUCUGCAUUCAGAGACACAAUCACUCAGGCAUGCACUGUAGACAGGCUCAGCCAGAGUCGUACAUGUCAACAAGUUUAGCUAUUGCUGUUUUUAGUGUGCCACUUUUUUUUUUUCUUCUUCUUCUUUUUGUAUUACUAUUUAAUGGUCUAAUAUCAACAUUCAGACUUGCAGACUGAGCCCUCGUAGACCUGGCUGGCGUACUUUGGAGUUCCCCGUGUUUUCUUCGGAAGCUUGAGAAUGAGAAGGAUCUGGAGGGGAGGAGGUUGUAGAAAAGUUGGGACAGCGCCACACUACUGAGUCAAGCAGAUGUCCUGCAACGUUUGAGGUGCGGAAAAGGAGAAUCUUUUUUUUUUUUUUUUUAGUAGGUACUGACGCCUCUAUCUUGGUGGAAACACGCCAUCACUAUGGGACCCAGGGUGGAAAAAAAAUAAUAAUAAUCCAAACAAAAACAACAUUAGCCAAACUUGCACUAUAUGCCUCUGGGUUUGUUGUUGACGCAUCCUCCAUUUUUGAAGCAGAGCUACAACACAACAACUACACAGACCUUACAGGACGAUUUAACGUUACAACAGCAGUGGCCUUGGCUAACGCCCAGCGGCCGCCCACCCAUGUCAGCAGCAUCA